GCGAAUCCACAGGGAAAAUAUGCAUAUGGAGCUACAUGUGUAAAGAAGUGCCCAGAACAUUUAUUGAAGGACAAUGGUGCAUGUGUGAGGAGUUGUCCACCCAAGAAAAAGGCAGAAAAUGGAGAGUGUGUUCCGUGUGAUGGGCCCUGUCCUAAAACUUGUGAUGGUGUAAAUGAAAUACAUUCUGGUAACAUUGACAGUUUCAGGGACUGUACAAUUAUUGAAGGUUCUCUUACAAUCCUUGACCAGUCAUUUAGAGGAUUUCAGCAAGUGUAUAAUAACUUCAGUUUUGGUCCACGAUACCAGCAGAUGCAUCCAGAUCGUCUUGAAGUGUUCAGCACACUUAAGGAAGUAACUGGUUAUGUGAAUAUCCAGGGCGACCAUCCUGAUUUUACAAACCUUUCUUAUUUCCGGAACUUGGAGGUUAUUGGAGGGCGAGCACUAACAGAAUACUUUGCAUCGCUUUACAUUGUGAAGACAUCACUCAAAUCUUUAGGGUUACGGUCACUGAAAAAGAUACAUUCCGGUAGUGUGGCCAUCUUAGAAAACAAAGAACUGUGCUUUGCUAAGGGCAUAUCUUGGGAUAAGAUCAAGAAAUCAAGUGAACAUGAAACACUGCUACAGAAUAAUAAGCCAAUGAAUGAAUGUGGUAAGUCUCUUGGUCUUUGGGUCUUAUGGGCUGAAAGCCAUGCACCUGUUGUAUUUAUAUGUACAGUGACAGUCUCGGAAUAAUG